AAUCCGUAAUUGGCCGAGAAUUGCCGAAUCAUCUGUCCUACCCGGACUGCUGGAAGCUGCGCCAUGUUGGCCAAGUCUCUGAUGAAUGCGAGGAGAAAAAUGCCAGAAAAGACCCUUGACAAGAAGAGGAGGUAGAUCUUCGCGGGAGGUUGACGGCCGUGGCAGUGAUUAUUUUUUUUGGGGGGGGGGUUUCUCUUUUUUGGGAAAAGGAGUGAGCCGGGCCGGGAUCCGCAGAGAGGCUCCGGACGGGCGAGGGAGGCUAAAAACCUCCCACCGUCCCCAUGAACAGCAUCGCCGAUCCCAGCAGCGACUUUCCAUGAAAAAAAGAAAGAUUUGUGUUGAUAUUUGAGCCUCGUUAUCCCGCUUCGUCGUGGGCCUGCCCGCUUCUACAGCCCACUCGGCUCGCUCCAAUGUGUGCAAGCUAGGCGACGCUUGCUUCUCUAUUUAUCAUUAUUGCUUUUUUUACGUGUUGAUGGUUGUUUUUUUACGAUGAGUUUGCCAUCCAAAGUGGUCCCCAAACCCGCCGCUGUCGCUGCCAGCGGUCCUGGAAGCGGCCCCUCUCCGGCGAACCAACUGCGGGCUACACUGACCUCCGUGUCUCUGCCGCCGGGUGCCCCGGCAGCCCCCCAGCACGGCGCUGCACCACCGACUCAAAUUCCCCGGGUUCAGCAAUCACUGGAUGAGCGAAUCUUCUCUACACAGCCUGGCGUGGCUGCCCUCUAUAGCCUCCCCAGGCAUGUUGGCCCCCAGUACACUACUCACGACAUCACAAAAGGACAUCCAAACUUGGCGGGCACCCCACCCGGUCAUGCCCACUCCCCGGCACUCUCUCAGGUUUCAGUACCCACAGCUCCCCCAUAUCGCUACCCUAAGGGCUGGGAGACCAGCGGAGGGUCUCCAUACAACCCUGGGCAGAAUGCUGGUUCAGCUCCUCUGGUGUAUUCUCAGACACAGCCAAUGAAUGCACAGCCACAGAGUCGCCCGGUGAGUGUCAUACCCAUCAUCCCACCACCAUUUGCUACAGGCCCGCGACCAACCCACCAUCAGGGAGGAUUCAGGCCCAUCCAGUUUUUCCAGAGGGCUCAGAUGCAGACGGCAAGGCCCACCCUCCCUACAAACACUCCCACGAUACGGCCCGGCUCGCAGGCUCCCACGGCGGCCGUCUACACUAAUCAAGCAAUCAUGAUGGCCAUGGCGCCCAUGCCUUUCCAUUCCCCUCAGGCGCCACAAUACUACAUCCAACAGUAUCGACACAACUCGCCCUAUGUGGCGCCGCCUCAACAGUAUUCUGUCCAGCCCCCGGGGUCUGGCCCCUUUUAUCCAGGUCCAGGACCAGGGGAGUACUCUACCCCGUAUCACUCCCUCAGGUAUCACGCACCCGUAUCACCGUCAGUCCCUGCCCCCGUUGCCACAGCCGGCCCAUCCUUUUACCCAGGGCAGACCGUGUACCCUGCCUCGCCGCCCAACAUAGUGCCUACACCACAGCAACCUCCACCAGCCAAGCGUGAAAAGAAAACCAUUCGUAUCUGUGACCCCACUCAGGAUGGAAGGGACAUCACUGAGGAAAUCAUGGCGGGAGUCUCAGGAAGCAGGAACUCAACGCCUCCUAUCGCUCCUCCUUCAUCCACUCCCACACCCCGUCAGCAGCAGCAAGUGAGCAACAGGCAGACUCCGGAGCUGCAGCCACAGCAUGCCACGUGUGGAAGCUUUGCAUUGGACCCCCCUCAGCAGCAAGACGUGACAACUGCGGCUCCAGAUGCCAAACCAGUGCCAGAAGGGAGCCCAAAACCAGAGCCGUUUGUUCAAAAGGGUUCCUCACCCGGGCUUCUGCAUCCAGAAGGUCCCUCGGAGAGACUGGAGGCCAGCACCCCCAUUUCAGAAAACUCUUCCACUGUGGAACCAGAGCUUGCCUUCCCUGCCUCACCGCCGGCCCCUGCAAACCUCCCACCCUCGGUGGUCAAUGCAGGUGACCGUCCCCCCUCCCCCUCUGGCGGGGACCACAGACCUUCUAUAGCCUCGCCUCAUAUUCCCAACACAGACCAGCCCUUCUCAGAUUCCCCCCCAAUCUCGCCAUCGCUCCCUCCCAAGGCCGUGAAUGGUCUUGCAGACCCUGAGGCUGAAGCGGACUCCCCAGGUCACGAGCCGCCACAUCUCGCCUUCCCAGCUGGAACACGACCUCUCCUUUCUUCUCCUGCUUUCCAAGAGAACUCCCCCUCGGAAACAUUUCCCAUUGCUGCUGAGCUCGCUCCUAUGGCGUCUUUGGCCGUGGUGCCAGUCGCCCUGACCUCCAGCCCAGCCCCUGCAGUCCCACCCGGCCUUCCGCCGCUGGUUCAGGCCACAGCAGAGGUCGACGAGCUGAAGUCCCUGGACAAAAAGGACCUGGUCUCCAGAGUACGAGCCGAGUUUCAUGGUGUUGUGACUGAAGGAGAGUCACAUAAUCAUUCAGUCACCAGGAAGAGCCCUACUCCAGUAAAUCAAACUUCUCCUGUUAUACCAAAGACCUGGAGGAAACCAAAUGAAGUGAUUCACGCUGGAGAUGCACCUCUGAAGGAGCACGAGGACCAACCCCGGCCCAUAGACCCAGUCCUUGUGGAUCCGGCGCUGCUGGGCGGGCCAGCGAGCCCACCGUCAGUCUUCACCUCCACCACCGUUCCUGCUUCUGCCGGCAGCCCGGAUGCUGAUGGGAAACUGGCUGUCUCAGAGGAGAACGGCGAGGCUGAACCGGAGCCUCUAAGGAACGGGGCGGGCCACACCUCUGAGACUGAGAGCAGCGACAGCGGAGUCUCGCCCGGGGACAAAGAUAACUCUACUGGUGCCUCACAGGACCUAGAAGACCUGGCAGAGAGGAAGCGGCAGUAUGACAGGGAUGUCCUGUUGAGCUUCCAAUUCAUGCCUGCCUGUGUGCAGAAGCCCGACGGUCUCCCGCCCAUCAGUGAUGUGGUGCUUGACAAGGUGAACCAAAACAAGCUGCCUUCUCGAGUGGUGGAUCCCAGGGUGAUUUCCAGGGGACCUGAUUUUACACCUGCAUUUGCAGACUUUGGCAGACAGAUGAGCAGCACACGAGGCGCUAUGCUAAUGACCUUGGGCACACGGCGGCCUCCCCCCAGGAAGAUCAUCAUGAACGUGUCGGUGAACGCCGAUGUUAAGCUGAAAAGAUCAGAGAACGCCUGGAAGCCGGGCGCAAAGCGGGAUGGUGUGGCAGUGGACGACCCUGAGAUGCUGAAGACACAGGAGCUAUUUAAAAAGGUGCGAAGCAUCUUAAACAAGCUAACGCCUCAGAAGUUCAGCCAGCUGAUGAAGCAGGUGACAGACCUGACCAUUGACACAGAGGAGCGACUCAAAGGAGUCAUUGACCUGGUCUUCGAGAAGGCCAUCGAGGAGCCCAGCUUCUCCGUCGCCUACGGACAAAUGUGCCGCUGCCUCGCCGAGCUCAGAGUGCAAAUAGCAGAUAAACCCAACAACACGGUCAACUUUCGCAAACUGCUUCUACAUCGCUGCCAGAAGGAGUUUGAAAAGGACAAAGUAGACGACGUGGUCUUUGAGAAGAAGCAGAAAGAGCUAGACUCUGCUGACUCGUCCACAGAGCGCGAGAGGCUGCAGGAAGAGCUGGAGGAGGCCAAGGACAAGGCUCGGAGGCGAUCCAUCGGCAACAUCAAGUUCAUCGGGGAGCUUUUUAAGCUGAAGAUGCUGACCGAGGUCAUCAUGCAUGACUGUGUGAUCAAGCUGCUGAAGAACCACGACGAAGAGUCUUUGGAGUGCGUGUGCAGGCUGUUUACCACCAUCGGCAAAGACCUGGACUUUGAGAAGGCCAAGCCUCGGAUGGUCCAAUAUUUUAAUCAGAUGGAAAAAAUAGUGAAGGAGAAGAAGACGUCGUCUCGGAUACGCUUUAUGUUGCAGGAUGUCAUCGACCUAAGAUCGAACAAUUGGGUGUCCAGAAGAGCUGAUCAGGGGCCCAAAACUAUUGAGCAGAUCCACCAGGAUGCCAAAAUUGAAGAGCAGGAGGAGCAAAGAAAAGUGCACCAGCAGCUGCUCUCCAAGGAAAACAAGAGACGAGAUCCCAGAGAACAGCGAGAACAGCGAAUGCCAAGAGAAGAUAUCUGGAAUACAGUGCCUAUGACCAAGAACAGCAGGACAAUCGACCCCAAUAAGAUCCCAAAGUUCUCCAAGCCGCCGACGGACGAGAAGAUCCAGCUGGGCCCUCGCCCUGGCACAUGGGUGAAGGGCAGCAGCGGUGGAGCCAAGGCCAGCGAUUCAGAUCCUUCACGGGGCGGCAGCAGCCCCAACCGCUACUCUGCGCUGCAGCCGUCUAAACCCGCCUUGUCAGCUUCUCCACAGAACCAAGACUUUGAUUCGGGGCGGAACUUGGGAAGUCGAUGUAGCACAGCCAAAGACCAUAGCGAUAAACCACAUGUCCCUGCGCCGGUAACAUCCAGGCCAGCCUCAUUCAACAGGGGGGACAGCUCCAAGGACCUGCGAGACAGUCAGACCAUGGAGGAGGCAGGGAAGGAGAAGGAAUAUGCAGCAGCUGAGCCCCAGAGACCCAGUGUCACUGAGGACAAGCCUGAGCUGGAGUGCAGCAGUAUCCAAGAACUGGUCAAACCUGAGCAGGCCGCACAGCCACUGGAGAGGCCAGUCCUGUCCGAGCAGGAGAUGGAGAGGAAGUCCAAGUCCAUCGUUGACGAGUUCCUCCACAUCAGUGACUAUAAGGAAGCUGUCCAGUGUGUGGCCGAGCUGGUUUCGGGACCUCAGCUGCAUGUGUUUGUGCGCGUCGGGGUGGAGUCGACCCUAGAGCGUAGUCAGAUCACACGGGACCACAUGGGCCAGCUCUUCUUCCAACUGGUACAGCAGGGAACCCUGCCAAAACAGCAGUUCUACAAAGGGUUUUCUGACAUCUUGGAGCAGGCGGACGACAUGGCCAUUGACAUUCCUCACAUCUGGCUGUACCUGGCCCAGCUGCUCAGCCCGGUGCUGAGGGAGGGGGCCUUCUCUAUGAGAGAGCUCUUCAGUGAAUUAAGCAAACCUCUGCUCCCUGUGGGAAGAGCAGGAGUCCUCAUAUCUGAAAUACUGCACAUACUAUGCAAACACAUGAGCCAUAGAGCUGUGGGGUCUCUGUGGAGAGAAGCCGGCCUCAGCUGGACUGAUCUUCUGCCAGAGGGAGAAGACGUCCAGACCUUUAUCUCGCAACAGAAGCUGGAGUCCAUCCUGUCGGACGUCUUGGGCCCUGAAGCUGCUCUGUCCAAGAAGACUUUGUCCCCAGAAGAGCUGAGCCGGCAGCUGGAGCGGCUCCUGCUGGAGGAUAUGGCCAGCGACGAGCAGAUCUUUGACUGGGUGGAGGCAAACCUGGAUGAACAUCAGACCAGCUCCUCCCCCUUCCUAAGGGCGCUAAUGACGGCCGUGUGCAAGGCGGCUGUGAAAGACGUCAGCACCAACUGUCGAGUGGACAAGGCCAUCAUCCAGAGGAGGUUGCCUGUAUUACACAAGUACCUGAACUUAGACACUGAGCGACAGCUGCAAGCACUUUAUGCACUUCAGGCGCUGAUAGUCGCCUUGGAUCAGCCUGCUAACCUCCUGCGGAUGUUCUUUGACUGCCUCUACGACGAGGACGUCAUCUCGGAGGAGGCCUUCUGCAUGUGGGAAUCCAGCAAGGACGCCGCGGAGCAGGAGGGCAAAGACGUGGCCCUCAAGUCCGUGACGGACUUCUUCACGUGGCUGCGGGAGGCCGAGGAGGAGUCGGAGGACAACUAAAGCGGGCGACGGCGGAACAAGCGAGCGGGACGACUUGUUUACAGCUGGAAUUCUUUUUCUGCGGUACGGUUCGCAAACAUGCCGGAGUUUUCAGUUUGGAUUCCAACGGCGGAAGCACUAAAUACAUGUAUUAUACAUAGAAAAUAUUUUUGUUUUAAAUUUUAACUUACUUUUUUUGUUACUUUUGAAGAAAAAAGACUUACAAUAUGCAUAGGUUCUGGACUCUUUAAUUUAUUAUUUUUUUAAGGACUGCAAAUAUGGACGUGAGAACUCAACAACAGAAAUAACAAUAUAAUAACAAAAUUAUGAAUUGUAAAAUAAACAGCCUCCCUCCAUCCUACACUGUUUGCUUUGAAACAGGGUGGACCAAAGGGAAGCAUGCGUGAAGUUAAAAGUCAUCAUCAUCCGAUCCCUGGCAUCCCGCGUGUUGCGUUCAAGAAGCCUGGGAAAACUGACAUUUACGGAAGGUGCGGCCAAAUGCCAGGAGGGGGGUGCUUGUGACAAAAUGCUUGUAAUACUUCAGAGCCCGUUAAAUGCUUGUAAAUACAUUAAAGAUGGGGAAAAGUAUUUCACAAUGAA